GAUGGCGCCUGGUGGUUCCUGCGCCGGCGAGGGGUUGUGUCUGACCACUGCUACCCGUUCUCGGGCCCGGAGAAGACGGAGGCAGGCCCCACGCCCCGCUGCAUGAUGCACACCCGGGCCACGGGUCGGGGCAAGCGCCAGGCCACUGCCCGCUGCCCCAAUCACCACGCCCAUGCCAAUGACAUCUACCAGGUCACGCCUGCCUACCGCCUCGGCUCCAGUGAGACGGAGAUCAUGAAGGAGCUGAUGGAGAACGGCCCUGUCCAAGCCCUCAUGGAGGUGCACGAGGACUUCUUCCUGUACCAGGGCGGCAUCUACAGCCACACCCCGGUGAGCCUCGGGAGGCCAGAGCGAUACCGCCGGCACGGAACCCAUUCGGUCAAGAUCACAGGGUGGGGAGAGGAGGCACUACCUGAUGGAAGGACGCUCAAAUACUGGACCGCAGCCAACUCGUGGGGCCCAGCCUGGGGCGAGAAGGGCCACUUCCGCAUCGUGCGUGGAGCCAACGAGUGUGACAUCGAGAGCUUCGUGCUGGGGGUCUGGGGCCGUGUGGGCAUGGAGGACAUGGGUCACCACUGAGGCUGUGGCCACCAUGCCAGGCCAGCCGGCAGAAGAGCCCCCUGUGGGGUGGUGCCCCUGCCCCACCCUCCUGCCUGGUAGAUCGUGCUCCGGACACAGGCCGACACCAGGGGCCUAAUCCUCGCGGGUUCUGCUGACACAGCGCCCGGCUGGGAGCCGAGGGCAGGCGAGGCUGGUGGAGCCCCCAGACCGCCCAGCGGGUAUGGGACAGAGCCUGGCCGGGAGAACCAGCCUGCAGACCCCAGGCCCUGCACCCCCACGCAAGACCACUGAAGCCAGGACACUACCAAGUGUCCAGCCCAUCCCACCCCUGUACUCUUAUUCUCCAAAGAUAUUUAUUUUUUUCACUGUUUUAAAAUAAAGACAAACUAUUGGUAACUUUAA